UGGCUUUCUACGCCGACAAUUCCACACACUGCAUCCACACACGCACAACGCCAUCAGAGCUCCGAUCCAACCCACGAGCUGUGCAGGAGACAGUCACUCUCAAACAAAGGCUAGAAACUGUUAUAGGAAACAUUUGAGCGAGUUGGCAAAUCUCCAGUGAGACGCGCAUAAAUAUCAAGCGCAGGCAUACAGCUCCCCAUUCGAACACCAGUCCGUCCAUCCUCGCCCUCCUCACCAUGAGCUGGUGGCCCUUCUCCGGCUCUGGCACAGAAGCUGCGUCAAAACCACAAGUGCAACAAUCGUCUCCAGCACCUCCAUCAAUACCUCAAACCGCACCCACACCCACACCCACUUCAUCAUCCUCCGCACCACACGACCCCGACUUCUACGCCGCCUACCCCCACCUCGCACCCCCGUCUCUAAACACCACUACCACCACCUCCUCCGAACACGGCGAGGCCUCCUCCCCCGCGGAGCCAUAUGACCCUACUCUCCCACGCACAAUGUCCUGCCGGGCCGCCUUCGACUCCGCCUUCUACUGCUCCUCUCUUGGGGGGCACUUCAACGACUUAUAUCGCUACGGACAACUACGUUCCUGCACUGAGCACUGGAAUGACUUCUGGUUCUGCAUGCGCACAAAGAAUAGCUAUAGUGGGUCAGACGUCAAGGAGCGCCUGAUCCAGGAGCGUUAUCGUGAGAAGGAGGAGAAGGUUAAGAGCAUGCCAAACAGUGAGCAUGUCUGGACGCGAAGGGGGCCUGGCGAAGAGAUCAGGGGCGCGUUUAGCGCAGAGGUCGAGGAGCGGUAGGAAAACUGAGAUGGGGAUCUGAGGCUAGUCAUGUAUAUCACUGUAACACCACCGUCGUGUAUGUGUCCGCUCUCUCGAGUAAGUGUAAAAGUUGAAGUAAGCUGUGUUUUUGCGAGCACGAAACCUUCACAAAAUAACAGUAACAAAUACUAGAAAUAGAAGACGCUGGGCUUAUACCUGUAAUACUGUAGAUACACAAGUCUUACACGAAUUUUGUCUGUAGUUGUCAAGCUGUUACGAGAUUUCGGUGCUGUUGGAUUGACAUCCAACCGAGAAUCAUUCAGAUGUGCGAGAAGGGUGUUGGCGAUCGUGUUUUAUAUUUGGUGAGAUAUUCUCAAACACUAAGCAAUCAUGCCAGCCUGAAGCAACAACUUCAAGACAAUCAAGUCACAUUCAUCUAAACCAAACAUCACAAG